ACAGCGGCAUCUGCUUUCCAACAGUCGGAGGGGACAGUGUCUCUACUCAACACGGACAGUCCUCCAUGGCUCUGUGUAACGGAGAAAGCAAGCUGGAGAUCAGCAGCUCAGAGCAGAAUGGGUCCUACGAGGGGGCAGUGGCGAUCCUGGAUGCAGGAGCACAGUACGGGAAGGUGAUUGACAGGCGAGUGCGGGAGCUGUGCGUACGCUCCGAGAUUCUUCCCUUAGAGACCCCGGCCUUUGCUCUCAGAGAACAGGGUUACAGAGCAAUCAUUAUUUCAGGAGGUCCAGCUUCUGUGUAUGCUGAAGAUGCUCCCUGGUUUGAUCCAGCUAUAUUCACCAUAGGAAAGCCAGUUCUUGGGAUUUGCUAUGGGAUGCAGAUGAUGAACAAGGUUUUUGGUGGCACAGUACACAAAAAGAGUGUACGGGAGGAUGGAGUGUUCAGCAUUGCUCUGGACAACACAUGCUCCCUUUUCAGAGGCCUCCAGAAGGAGGAACUGGUGCUGCUGACCCACGGAGACAGCGUGGAUAAAGUAGCUGAUGGCUUUAAAGUUGUGGCCCAGUCAGGAAACAUUAUUGCUGGGAUUGCUAAUGAACAAAAGAAGCUGUAUGGCACCCAGUUUCACCCCGAAGUUGACUUAACAGAGCGAGGCAUGGAGAUGCUGCGUAACUUCCUGUUUGAGAUCGCAGGAUGCACAAGUAACUUCACCGUUCAGAACCGUGAGCAGGUCUGCAUCAGUGAGAUCAGAGAAAAAGUGGGCAGUUCUAAAGUUCUGGUGCUGCUGAGUGGUGGAGUAGACUCCACAGUCUGCACAGCCCUCCUCAACAAAGCUCUAAACCAGGACCAAGUGAUAGCCGUUCAUAUUGACAACGGCUUCAUGAGGAAGAGGGAGAGUCAGAGUGUGGAGGAAGCCCUAACCAAGCUGGGCAUUAAACUCAAAGUUGUAAAUGCAGCACACACCUUUUAUAACGGGACAACAACCCUUCCCAUCUCUGAGGAGGACAGGACGCCACGGAAACGCAUCAGCAAGACACUGAAUAUGACCACCAACCCUGAGGAGAAGAGAAAAAUUAUUGGAGACACUUUUGUCAAAGUGGCAAAUGAAGUACUUGGAGAAAUGAAUCUGAACCCAGAAGAGGUUUUCCUGGCGCAGGGAACCUUGCGGCCCGAUCUCAUCGAGAGCGCUUCUCAUAUUGCCAGCGGGAAGGCGGAGGUCAUCAAAACACACCACAACGACACUGAGCUCAUCCGCAAACUCAGAGACGAGGGAAAAGUCAUCGAACCCCUGAAAGAUUUCCAUAAAGAUGAGGUGAGAGCGCUGGGGAGAGAGCUGGGCCUACCAGAGGAGAUCGUCUCUCGGCAUCCGUUCCCUGGUCCUGGUUUGUCCAUCAGAGUGAUUUGUGCGGAGGAGCCUUACGUUUGUAAGGAUUUUGCUGAAACAAACAACAUUCUCAAAAUUGUCACAGACUUUUCAGCAAGUGUCAAAAAGCCUCAUGUUUUGCUCCAAAGAGUCAAGUCAUGCAUAUCAGAUGAGGAGGAAGAGAAGCUCAUGCAGAUCACCAGCCUUCAUUCACUCAAUGCCUUCUUGCUGCCCAUCAAAACUGUUGGUGUCCAGGGUGAUUGCCGGUCUUACAGUUAUGUGUGUGGUGUCACGAGUAAAGAAUCUCCACACUGGGAGUCACUCUUGUUCCUGGCCCGGCUCAUUCCUCGCAUGUGCCAUACCAUCAACAGAGUUGUGUAUAUAUUUGGGUCCCAUGUCAAGGAACCACCAACAGACAUUACACCAACUUUCCUGACCACAGGAGUUCUGAGCACGCUCAGACAGGCGGACUUUGUAGCUCACUCUAUUCUUAGGGAGUCUGGUUAUUCAGGCAAGAUCAGCCAAAUGCCGGUCAUCCUCAUCCCUCUUCACUUUGACCGCGACCCUCUCCAAAAGCAGCCAUCUUGUCGGCGCUCUGUUGUGGUCCGCACGUUCAUCACCAGCGACUUCAUGACGGGCAUCCCUGCCAUGCCUGGCAACCAUAUCCCAGAGGAGGUGGUGCUAAAGAUGGUAAAUGAGAUCAAGAAAAUCCCUGGCAUCUCCAGAGUGAUGUAUGACCUGACCUCCAAACCACCUGGCACCACAGAGUGGGAAUAAAACAUGACUGGACACACUCUCAAACACAAACACUCUCAGCAGUUAUGAGAGGGCUCUCCUUUUCUGUCCUUCCUCCCUGACUCCCCCCUGUCCCAUCUCCCUCCUGUUCCUCCCUGUUAAUCUUCAACAUUCCCAUGGAAGGCAGACCGUACUGUGACGGGCGCGCUCGCAGAAGCUGCUCCGCUCUCCCCCCCCACCACUCCUACCUGGUCUUAAUAUUUCUGGCAAUAGGGAUGGAUUCAUGUUGAUCAUUGAUAUAUUGUCACUUUUGAUUCAUGUACAAUGUAUUUUCUUGCUGUCUUGUAAAUUGCUGCUUCCUUUUUUGUGAGUUUCACCCAUUAAAAGGCAAGCGGCGAGAAGCUGUGAGAUUUAAGUGAUGUGCCUCGAGAUGAAAUAUAGGACGAGAGAAAAAAAAAAGAAGACAAGCAAAUAAUAGUGUCAUUAAAAAUGCAGUAGUCCGUAGGGGAAAGUUUGAAAACCUUUAGCAUUUGUUCUUAUCAGAGGUUUAUUGGUUUCCAGUUUCAGCUGAGACUAGCCUCUCUAUCCGUUCUUUUUCUCUCUGCCUCUCUGAG